GACAAAGUCUGUGCUGAUAAAGAGCAAGAAAAUGUGGGCGUUCAGUAUCUGCCCCCUGUUAAUAUAAGUCGGCAGAUGUGUGACUGAUAAACAGCUUACUACAGCAGCUGCCAUUGACAGAGAUAUGACUGCAGAUAUGGGACAGAAGCAGAUGAGAUACUCUCUGCCAGAUGAGGCGGCCUGCGGUGUGGACAUGAACCGGGAAGAGGCAGUGCUUAUCCUCCUUCAACACUGCCGGGACAUGAAGAGGCAGGAAACUCGUCUCAGACUCUUCACUCUGCUGCUGCUGCUGCUGCUCAGCUGUGGGGCGCUCUUUGUUUUAGCUCACAUUUACAGAAACUCUGGACCCAGUGGACAAAGGAGUGAGAAGCAAGUCCUGGAGAAGCAAGUCCUGGAGAAGCAAGUCCUGGAGAAACAAGUCCUGGGGUGCCCUACAGCUGUUCCAGAAAGAGAAGUCCAAAGUCUGCAUGUUGAUCUCAUAUCCCAGUAUGAAGAACACAAGGUCAUUUCAACAGAUAUGAAAUGGAUUGUCAAGUUUGGUAACAACUAUGACCCCGAACGUCGUGCCAUUGUGAUCCCUGAGGAUGGCCGCUAUCUCUUCUACUUGAGGGUGACAUUCCGUUGCCUCAACAACUCGGGCAUCGAGUUCAGAAAUCUACAUUUGGAACUUAAAAAGUGGAACGAAAGACACAGCCUGAAGAAACCCCUGAUGUCUGCAACGGACAGUGUACAGUGCAGGAAGGAAAUGUUCAGGACUUUGUCUGUGGUGCAGCAAUUUGAACUGAUAAAAGAUGACCAUGUGAGUGUAUUCAUUGGUGAGGGCUACGAUAUGAUCAAAGAAUCAUCAUUUGGGGCUCUUCUCACAUAGAGAAUGGCUCUCUUGAGAAUAUGCAAUAUCUGCAUUUCUUCAAUGUGUCAGUUGA